AUGUCCAAUCCCGUCGCUGGCACGCAAAACGCAGGUUCAACGGCGAUCGCGUCUGCGUUAAAGGAUGUCUCGGUUGAGCGAAUAGUGGGGCCUGGAAAUGACGAGGUGGUGAAGAUAGGUUCCUUCUGGGAGUCGCAGCCCGUGGUGAUUCACUUUCUCCGCCGCUUUGGCUGCCGCAUCUGCAGGGGGGGCGCCAUGGAGAUGUCUCGCGCCAUUCCCCACCUGCACAACGCAGGCGUGCGAGUCGUCGCCAUCGGCCUGGACCAUCUAGGAGUGGACGAGUUCGUGGAUGGGGGCUACUGGAAGGGCGAGCUGUACAUUGACGAUGGCAAGCGGUGCCCCCUGCCUCCCUGCCUCCCUGCCUCCCUGCCUCCCUGCCUCCCUGCCUCCCUGCCUCCCUGCCUCCCUGCACUGCUGCUCAUCGCCCUCCCCUUCCCUCAACGCACCGCUAUGCCCACAGGCCUGGACCAUCUGGGGAUGGACGAGUUUGUGGAUGGGGGCUACUGGAAGGGCGAGUUGUACAUCGAUGAUGGCAAGCGGGCCUACAGCGCACUGCAGCUCAAGUCCAUCUCCCUCUGGCAGGUGCGUGCACUGGCAGGUGCGUGCACUGGCAGGUGCGUGCACUGGCAGGUGCGUGCACUGGCAGGUGCGUGCACUGGCAGGUGCGUGCACUGGCAGGUGCGUGCACUGGCAGGUGCGUGCACUGGCAGGUGCGUGCACUGGCAGGUGCGUGCACUGGCAGGUGCGUGCACUGGCAGGUGCGUGCACUGGCAGGUGCGUGCACUGGCAGGUGCGUGCACUGGCAGGUGCGUGCACUGGCAGGUGCGUGCACUGGCAGGUGCGUGCACUGGCAGGUGCGUGAACUGGCAGGUGCGUGCACUGGCAGGUGCGUGCACUGGCAGGUGCGUGCACUGGCAGGUGCGUGCACUGGCAGGUGCGUGCUCUGGCAGGUGCGUGCACUGGCAGGUGCGUGCACUGGCAGGUGCGUGCACUGGCAGGUGCGUGCACUGGCAGGUGCGUGCACUGGCAGGUGCGUGCACUGGCAGGUGCGUGCACUGGCAGGUGCGUGCACUGGCAGGUGCGUGCACUGGCAGGUGCGUGCACUGGCAGGUGCGUGCACUGGCAGGUGCGUGCACUGGCAGGUGCGUGCACUGGCAGGUGCGUGCACUGGCAGGUGCGUGCACUGGCAGGUGCGUGCACUGGCAGGUGCGUGCACUGGCAGGUGCGUGCACUGGCAGGUGCGUGCACUGGCAGGUGCGUGAACUGGCAGGUGCGUGCACUGGCAGCUCUUUCCAUGUUGGGGAAGGUGUGUGUGGCAUGACGUGUCACCACCCUGCCUGGACUGCCAUCACUCGCAGCUUCAUUCCCCUCUCACUCGCUUGGCCCACCGUGCCUGGACUACCAUCACUCGCAGCUUCAUCUCAUCCCCCUCUCGCUCGCUUGCCCCCACUUCCUCCCUACCACUCCAUGGACUUUGGGGUUCACCAGGUGGCAUAUCAGCUGCUGUUUGACAAGACUGUGAAGAAGUCUCUUGGAGACACGGCCAAUGUGAAGGGUGACCUGGCUGGAGAUGGCCUGCAAUUGGGAGCCACAUUCGUGUUCGAUAAAGGUGGCAAGCUGCUCCACGAAUUUAGACAAGUGACGGUGGCAGACCAUCCGUCUACAGAAGAGCUUUUGAAGCCUUUUGGAAUUGAUUCAAGCGUUCUUAGCGGAUUCAAGGAGGCAAGAGGAGUUGAGGAAGGGGGCAAGAAGUCUGCCUCAUCUGCUGCUUCAACACUAACCAUGGCGUUCGCGACUCGUGCAACCAGCUGCCAGCUCCGUCUGCCAGCGAAUCUUCCUCUAUAUUCCGGGCCCAAGGCCCCCGCCUCCCUCCGCCUCCCCGUCGUGCGUGCGGCGGCGGGCGAUGCGGAGAGCAGCGGCGCGGAGAAGCCGCGCGUGGGGGAGCCGCAGGGGGAGCGCGCCAAGGGCAUCUUCGAGUUCGUGACGGACAACGCGUCGAGCCGCUCCGCCAUCCAGCUCAAGAACGCGCCCGCCAUGGACGGCAACGUCGGCCAGAUGAUCUCGGCGAUAGAGGACAAGGGCAAGGACAUGGGGUCGUACUUGCUCUCGGGCGAGUUCCAAUACUUCGUCCGCCAAAUAGGCAAUGCGAGCGACCCUCUGGUGGUGUACCUGCACGGCGCUCCGGCACAGUCGUGGGGCUUCCGAGAAGUGAUGCAGCAGAUGGCGGAGAAGGGCUACAGAGGCAUUGCGCCUGACUGGCUGGGCUUUGGCUUCUCAGAGAAGCCCCAGCCCGGCUACUACUUCGCUUACACUGAGGACGUGUACCACCAAGAGCUGGACCGCCUCUUGGAGACUCUCAAUGUUACUCAGCCUUUCUACCUUGUCGUGCAUGGCUACCUGGUGGGGAGCUACGGCCUGACAUGGGCGCUCAAGAACGCCAGCCGCCUCAAGGGACUCGCCAUCCUCAACACGCCGCUCUCCGCCUCCUCGCCCCUGCCCCAGAUCUUCCAACAGCUCAGACUGCCCUUUGUGGGCGAGUUCCAAUGUCAGAACGCCGUGCUGGCAGAGCGCUUCAUUGAGAAGGGCAGCCCCUACUCCCUGGAGUUGGACAAUGCAGACGUGUACCGCCUGCCGUACCUCGACAGUGGAGAGCCUGGAUUCUCCCUGUUGGAGACGGCCCGCAAGGCCAACCCCAAGCAGCUGGGGGAGAGGAUCCAAAACACGCUCUCCGCCUCUAGCUGGACGGUGCCAACAGUGAUCGCGUGGGGCAAGGACGACCCAUACAUCCCCAUCACGGAGGCUCAGGCAAUCGCCAAGGCCAACUCUUCAUCGGUCACUCUUCGGGUGCUGGAGGGCGCCGGGCACACGCCCCAGGAGGACUGGUCGGAGAAAGUGGUGGAUAGCCUUCGAGUCUCCUUCAACUGA